AUGACUGACACAUCAUUAAUCCAUCCGUUUCAGGAUAUUGUGUGCAAUAAAGAUGGAACGUUAUUAUAUGCUGUUGUGAAAAAUAUGGUUCAAGUUUAUAAAUUUAAUGCUGAGAAUUCCAAAGUUAUUAAAAUAGGUGAAUGGAAAGAUGAAUUUGAUUCUACUAUUUUGAUUAAAGAAAAAGUCAUUAAAGAACAACAAAGACAAAUCGAAAAGAAUGGCACAGGUAUCGAUACUAAUACCAACACCGCAGUGGGCACUAAUACCAACAAGAAAUUGAAAACUAAUAACAAAGAAGCCAAAAUACCAACACCAGGCACUGGAGCCCCACCAAUUUACAGAUAUAUUAGAAGUAUGUUAUUAUCUCGUAAUGAGAAAAAGUUGAUCAUUUGUACCGACUCAGACAAAGCCGCUGUAAUUUUUAACAUCAAUUAUGGCAAUGAUAAUAAUGUGUUAAGUUUGUUUAAAAGACAGCCAUUUCCUAAACGACCAAGUGCAAUUACCACUACUUUAGACGAUAGAAAGUUAUUAUUAGCGGAUAAGUUUGGUGAUGUUUAUGAAAUCGAUAUGAAUGAUGAAAAAGUCCAAAGCUCAGAAACUUUAGAGCCUGUUUUAGGGCAUGUUUCCAUGUUAACUGAUAUUGGAUUUCAAAAAGAUAACGCCACAGACCAAAGUUUUGUAAUCAGUUGUGAUAGAGAUGAACAUAUCAAAAUAUCACACUACCCUCAAACUUUUAUAGUUAAUAAAUGGUUAUUUGGCCAUGAACAAUUUAUUUCCUCAAUAGUAUUACCGCAAUGGAACAAUGAUUUAUUAUUCAGUGGUGGUGGUGAUGAUAAUAUUUUCUCUUGGAAUUGGAAAACGGGGGAAUUGUUGGAUAAAUUUAAUUAUUCUGAACUUAUCUCUCCAUAUAUAAACGAAAAGUUCCAUUUGGCACCAGAAAGAUUCCAAAAUAACGAAAACAAUUUGAUUGAAUAUGCAGUUUCCAAAAUAAUUUCUUUUCCUAAUCUACCGUAUAUUGCAUUUUUUGUGGAAGCCACUAACUGCUUUUUUGUGCUAAAAGUGGAUUGUUUUACCGGUAAGUUAACUUUUGUGCACAAAGUAGAAACAGAAACUAAUGUUAUUGCUAUGACCAGUAGUGUUUCUUCUUUGGUAGUUUCGUUAGAUACAAUUGAAACCCCAAAAAGUUUUUUAUUGAAAUUUUACAACAUAAAUAAGAAUGGGGUUAUUGAAGAAGAUGAAUUAAAAGCCAAUGAAUUUGACUCAUGUAUCAAGGAUCAAAUUAAAGAUAACCAAGUAUUCAAAGUCGAAAAUAAAGACAAGGAUGUUUAUCCCUUAUAUCAUGUUUCCUCUUUAAGAAAACAUGGUGAACAUUAA